AUGCAGGGUGCCCUUCCUCCCGAGCUCUGGAGGCUCAUCAUCGAAUGCCUCGACCGGGACAACACACGUAUAUGUCUGUUUGUCUCCCAUGCCUUCCAUUCCAUCGCUCUUCCGUCCGUCUUCCGACACGUCAACCUCCACUUCGGCAUCUGGGAGCUAUCAGACGUAGCUUCGCUCAGAGGGUUGGGAAGCAAGGCGAAAGGCUUCACUAUCAGGUCCUGGAAGAUCCUGACGAAGAUAACUACCGACCCGGAUUUCGCAGUUCUUGUCAAAUCCCUCGCGGUAUACCUCUUCCCGGGCGAAGAUCGGAGCGGUGAGGAGGAUACUCUGUAUCCCUUCGCACUCUGUCUCUUAUUGGAAGCUAUCCGCGUCCUCGCGCCAUCGCUCAACUCGGUGUCAUGGUUUGGAUAUUCACUACCCAUCGUCAUGUCAACUCUGGCGCAAUGCACUGGAUCUACGCUUCAACAUCUCGUAAUACCGUUCAGUGUGGUCCUUCACAAUCAUGACUUAUUGACGUCUUUCACCGACCUGCGCAGUAUCAUUGUGGAUUCUGGCAGGCCGAACGAGUUUGUCCAUCUAUAUCAGAGGGAUACCUGGAUUAUGAAUGUGGAACAAUUGACAGGUUUCGUGAGGCGCAACUCCUCGACACUCACUCACCUUUCCAUCGUCGGCGACUUGGCAUAUAGUCUUUUAGCCCCGUCCUUCGUCGGUCUCCAGUCCCUCGAGCUCAGACAGGAAGGCGGGAUCAGCGCGCUCGCCUCAGUGCUCCAACACUGUCAGUCACUCCGCGAGCUCACCCUAUUGUUGUCCAUCAUGGAUGUCGGCUUCGAUGUCGUGGACCUCACGGCGGCCAUCGCUCCGGGCACACUUCCACACCUCACCUCUUUCAGACUCGACCUCGGGGAUCAACCUGAGGACGAAGAUUUGUGCUGGGACACGAUCAAGACUCUCGUCGACUUCUUGAAGGGCAAACGCUCGCUGAGACGCCUCGACGUCGUCCCCGCAGACCUGCCCCCCAGCCGCCACACCAGGGGACGCCGUCUGCAGCCGCUCUUCGAUGUGCUGCGGGAGCUCCCUGCGCUCGACACGCUCGCGCUCAAGUUGGGGGAGCACUGUGACGCCAACACGGUCGAGCAUCUCGACACGUGCGUCCCGCUCGGCGUGCGUGCGCUGCGGAUCGGCUGUUUGUUCUAUGAUAUCGGCCUCGAUGACGCUUUGCUGAGUCUGGCCAGGCGCAGGAACUCGCUCGGAUACUUCCAUGUUCUCACCUUCGAGAGCGGCAACACGGAGCUCAAGGAGCGGCUGCUGAACGAUCCGCCACGCGCGCUCAGGCUGUACGGCGACGGGCCGUACCUCUGGGACGUUCCGAGACCUGGGAGCGCGAACGAGGGACGGGGUACUUCGGAGCACUGGUCCGCGCUCAAGACGAAGUUCAGGACGGCAGAGGACUUUGGCGAUGAGGACUGGGAGUGGCUCCUGCGACACAGGGGGGCGCGCGAUUAUGACUUUGAAUUUGGGAACGCUUCUGGGAUACCGGUGGCACUCUGA